AUGACUCCAUUGUCACUUACAGGUAACACCAAUGGAUAUGUGUCCAAUGAAAAUCGCAGGAGAAGAUCAAGUAGUCAUGCCUCAAGUGGGAGAGGUGGAGGUACUGUGAAAAGUUCUAAUGAUAUCUCACCGGCGUCAAUGAUAUUUAGGAAUCUGUUAAUAUUGGAGGAUGAUUUAAGAAGACAAGCAUCGGAACAAAAAUGGUUAAGGAGACAAUUCACUUCAUUUCUGACAGUAUUAUUUUGUAUAGCUGCAUUCUCCAUAUAUGCACUAUAUUUCAUGGACAUUUACAAUGCAUCGGAGACCACUUCCAAACUGACGUCAGAUAUUAGUUCACAAGUACAGAAGGUUGCCUGUGAAACAAUAACCUCUUACCAGACCACUAAGAAAACAGCAGAAGAACCCCUUUUGCAUAGAUCAGUGUUAAAGAUUACUAUUAUAUUCAUAACUGUCACUUUUGCAUUGUUUCAUAUUAGUGGUGAAUACAAGAGAACUAUUGUUAUUCCAAGAAAAUUUUUUUCAUUAACAAACAAAGGUUUACGACAAUUCAAUGUCAAAUUAGUAAAGGUUGAGAAUACUAUGAAUGAACGAUUGACAGAUCUGAUAAGAUUUAUAACAAGAAUCUCAGCAAAGGUUAUAAUAUACGUUCUAACCAAGUUCAUUUUUUUAAAACCCACUAAUAUAAUCGUCACAUUUUGGAACGGUGUAAAAGUACGAUCCCAACCUCGAAUUGGUGCUGUCGAUGUUAAACUAGUGUUGAAUCCAAGAGCAUUCACCGCUGAGGUCAGAGAAGGUUGGGAAAUAUAUAGAGAUGAGUUCUGGGCCAGAGAAGGUAUGAGAAGGCGUCAACACAAGCAUAAUUUAAAAGACCAUAUUAGUCCAAAAAAAAGGAUUAGUCUAAUAUUCUAA